UCGGUAGUAUCACAUUUAUUAUUGCGUCUCCCCCAAGCUUUGCCAUUAUUCUUUCUCAAUCAAUUACAACCAGAUCUCGCCGAAUUCUUCCUUUCUUCUUCUAGGUUUCAGAGAUCUUCAAUUAUGGAAAAUGAUACAUUCCUUAAUCAUGGUGGACUGCCUCCUUCGGGUGUAAGACAUUCUGUUUCUUCUUCUACUUCUACUUCUAUUGGAAAUGUGAAACCAGAGCCGUCGGGAUUUCCUCCUGGAGCUUGUUCAGAUUCAUCAUCAUCAGGUUUUGGUUUUGGUCGAUUCAUUCAUGAUGAUAUCAGUAGAAUGUCUGAUAAUCCACCAAAGAAGUUAGGUCAUAGACGUGCGCAUUCGGAGAUUCUUUCUCUACCUGAUGAUGAUGAUGAUCUAGGGGGGAUUGCAAUUGAUGAAACUACUGAGGAGGAUUUGUUAGAGAUGUAUCUUAACAUGGAUAAGUUCAAUUCAGAAGAAACUACUGCUGACGACCACCACCAACCCUCUUCUUCUUCUUCAAGAGGGCCUAUGCAUCAUCGUCAUCAUCAACACAGUCAAUCAAUGGAUGGAUCAACGACGAUAAAGAUGGAAAUGCUCAUGUCAGGAAUAGAGGAAGAGUCGUCUUCUUCUGCAGGCCAAGAUGCUAAGAAAGUUACAUCUGCUGCUAAGCUUGCUGAACUUGCUCUUAUUGAUCCAAAACGUGCUAAAAGAAUCUGGGCAAAUAGGCAGUCGGCUGCGAGGUCGAAGGAAAGGAAGACGAGGUAUAUAACAGAGCUUGAACGUAAGGUUCAAACACUACAAACUGAAGCAACAACAUUAUCAGCUCAAUUAACUCUGUUGCAGCGAGAUACAAAUGGUCUGAAUGUAGAAAACUCGGAAUUAAAACUGCGUUUGCAAACAAUGGAACAGCAGGUUCACUUGCAAGAUGCACUAAAUGAGGCAUUGAAAGAGGAGAUUCAACAUCUGAAAGUUGUAACCGGGCAGACUGUUGUUCCAAACUUUCAAUCUUCUUCUUCUUCUUCGUUUGGAGGCGGGCAGCAGUUUCAUGCUAUGCACACUCUGUUAGCCGCACAGCAAUUUCAACAGCUUCAGAUUCAUUCACAGAAGCAACAACAACAGUUUCAGCAGUUUCAACAAAUGCAGAAACAGCAACAGGAACAUGAUGUGAGAAUGAGGACAUCAAACAACACUGCUGCUGCUGCUGCUUCUCCUUCACGGUCCAAUUGA